ACCCUGGAACUUGAUGCAGGGUUGGAGUUGACCUCAUAAUGGGCACAGCAGGAGCACAGACCCUCAGUGCAGGGAUGGAGAUAGUGGGAACCCCUCAUAAUGGGCACAGCGGAUGUACAGACCCGAGAACUCGGCACAGGGAUGGUGGGAACCCCUCAUAAUGGGCACAGCGGGUGUACAGACCCAGGAACUCAGCGCAGGGAUGGUGGGAACCCCUCAUAAUGGACACAGGAGGUGUAUAGACCUGGGAACUCCGCACAGUGAUGGUGGGAACCCCUCAUAA